AUUUUACUACAUUUGUACUGCAGUAGUCCAUUGAGAAAACUGCGUCAUACAUUAAGUUUUUACCUCGUGCCAAAACAAAAAUUUAAUUAUAUCCAUCAUUUUUUCAUUAAAUUAACUAUAAAACAAGAAUGGCAAGUUUAGAAAUUAUUUUCGGAAUCAUUUCAUUAUUUCUGGCAAUUUAUUAUUAUUUUACUUCAACGUUCGAUUUUUGGAAAAUUCGUGGAGUACCUGGACCAAAGCCGAUACCAAUAUUUGGUAAUAUAAAAAAUGUAAUGCUUUUGAGGACGUCUAUGUGCCAUUAUUUAAAGAAACUCUGUGAGGAAUACAAACAUGAACCUAUGAUCGGAAUAUUCACUAGAAAAACACCUAUACUCAUUAUUCAAGAUCCAGAUCUUAUAAAGGAUGUUUUAAUAAGGGAUUUUUCUAAGUUUGCCAAUCGAGGAAUUCCUAUUCAUGAAAAGGCAGAACCAUUAUCUUCACAUCUCUUCAAUUUGGAAGUAGAAAGAUGGCGUCCAUUAAGAACAAGACUUUCGCCAGUAUUUACAUCUGGCAAAUUGAAAGAAAUGUUUCCCUUAAUAUUAGACUGUUCAAAACAUUUGGAACAAUAUCUGGAUAAACUGGUAUUAAGAGAAGAGUUUAUAGAAUGUCGUGAAUUAACAGCUAAAUAUACAACAGAUGUAAUAGGUAGCUGCGCUUUUGGUAUCGAAAUGAACGCAUUGUCUGAUGAAGAAAGCGAAUUUCGUCGAAUAGGUAGAAAAGUAUUUGCCAAUUCAUUUGGGCAAAUCUUAAGAUUUCGAUUUAGACAAAUUUUCCCACGAAUUUAUAAUUUAUUUGGUUUCAUAUUGCCACCAAUGGAAGUUACAACGUUUCUCACGAAUAUUAUCGUAAAUACAAUGAAAUAUAGACAGGAAAACAACAUUGUAAGGCCUGAUUUUGUUAAUAUGCUUAUAGAGCUUAAAAAACAUCCAGACAAAUUAGAAAAUAUUAAAUUAACGGAUACUUUAUUAACGGCACAAGCAUUUGUUUUCUUCAUUGCUGGAUUUGAAACUUCUUCGUCAGCUAUAAGCAAUGCACUUUAUGAAUUAGCUUUAAAUCCUGAAGUUCAAGAUAAGUUACGGCAAGAAAUUAAAGAAUAUUUCAAUAAACAUAAUGAAUUGAAAUACGAAUAUAUAAAAAAUAUGACAUAUCUGGAUUUAGUAUUUCGUGAAACAUUAAGAAAAUAUCCACCUGGACCACUUAUAUUAAGGAAAUCAAUAACUAAUUAUACUUUCAACAAUACAAAAGUUUCUAUACCAGAAAAGAGUUUUGUAUGGAUACCAUUAUAUGCAAUUCAUCAUGAUCCUAAGAUUUAUCCAAAUCCUGAUGCUUUUAUUCCUGAAAGAUUUAAUGAUGAUGCCAUUGCAACAAGACAUCCAAUGCACUAUUUACCUUUUGGUGAUGGACCCAGAAAUUGUAUUGGAGCACGAUUUGCAGUUUACCAAUCCAAAAUUGGUUUGAUAACAAUACUUUGGAAUUAUAAAGUUGAAGUUUGCAAUAAAACUAUGAUUCCAUAUGAAAUUAAUCCAGCUGCUUUCUUAUUAACACCAAAAGGAGGAAUAUAUUUAAAAUUUACAAAAAUAAAAAAUGAAGAGAUUUUAAACUGAUGAGAUUUUGAAAAGUUUAAAUUGGUUCUGAUAAUUCAAUGAAAAACAUUUCAAAAAAAUUUAUAUUUUUUAUUGAAUUAUCAGAAUCAACUAUAUUGAUAAGAGCUAUAUUUUGUUUAUGUAUUUCAUGAUAUAGUA